AUGGGGUCUAUCGAGGGUGUCGACACCGCCAUACAAUUGCCUGUCAUUGACAUUUCAGAAUUCAGUCUCGAGGUUGGGAAGCGGGUAUUGGAGGCUGCGACCAGGUUCGGCUUCCUCUACAUCGAUACCAAUGGCACCGACUUCACGCAGAGCAUGGUGGAUCGGGAAUUCGACUUGUCUCGCCAGUUCUUUGCUCUUCCUGAAGCAGAAAAGGAGCAUUAUCGGAUCGACAAGACGGAUCGAGGCUGGGCCGGGUUACACGGUGAAAACCUCGACCCCAAGACGCAGCGCAAAGGCGACUUUAAGGAAGCUUUGAACAUUGGAGAGUUCCUGAAUGGAAAGCCGCAACAGCCCCUACCCAAGGUUCUGGGGAGCUAUUUUGAUGAGUUGGCCGAGUUCGAGAGGGCGUGCAAGAAAGUCUGCGAUCGGGUGCUUGACCUUCUUGGAUUGGCACUCGAGGUUGAAGAGCGCAGUUUCUUUUCGUCACGGCAUACCCAACCCAGCGGGUGCACCGUCCGCCUCCUGCACUAUCCUGCCAUCCCUGCCGAUGUAGACUAUCAACCAGAAAUCGAUCUCAGAGCUGGCGCUCACUCCGACUACGGAAGCAUCACCUUGCUGUUCCAGCGACCCUCACAACCAGGUCUCCAGAUCCGAACCCCGGGGGACACCUGGGCACCUGUUCCCAUUAUCCCCAGCGGAUAUCACUCCAAGACAUUCCCGCCGAUCCUCGUCAACAUUGGCGAUUUGCUGUCAUACUGGACCAACGGAAUCUUGAAGAGCACGGUACACCGAGUCAUCUUUCCCAAGGAGGAAAGAAGAGGGGGCGAGGACCGGUACUCGAUAGCAUAUUUCUCCCACCCAGGGAAUGAUGUGGAAUUGACACCUAUCCCGAGUAAACUGGUAGCACGGCACAAGCUGGACGAAGACAAGGAGGUGGGAUAUGGAGGCGGCGCGACCAGCAAACGAGCUAUAACGGCCAAAGACCAUCUAUUGUCCCGGCUGGAUGCAACCUAUGGAUUUCGGGGAGCACAGGGCAGGGAAGUAGAGAGCGCUCACUGA